AGAAGUAUAGUUCAUGUCAUGUUGUGUACAUCACGUGAUGUAGAUUCUAUCUAAUACCAAAACAGUUAUUUGUAUAGCUUGAUGUUCGUGUCCUGGAACAGAUGCAGAUGGAAUAUUUGGAAGAUAUAUUAAUUAUAUGGAGAAGACUUUAGCGGGCCGUCGCAGCUAAAAGAUCGAACGUCAACAAGAAGUACAAGUACAUGUCAGUUGUGUACAUCACGUGGUGUAGAUUGCAUGCGUACGGGUUUAUAUGGUACGAUUCAAUUACCAAAACAAUAAUUAUUUGUAUAAACUUGGUGUUCGUGUCCUUGAACAGCUAGAUGCAGAUGGGAUAUUUGGAGACUGUCUGAGUCCGAGAUCUGAUCAAUUCUCAUCUUGUUUCGCAGUAAAGUGAAUUGGAAGUUUUUUCUGUUUUCUCACACGUACGUCAACUAAAAUGGGUUGUUUUCUAUCAAAGACAAAGCCAAAGGCAAAGGCAAAGAACCGAUUGAACAUUGUCGUAUGCAGUAAUUCUGGUGAAGACAGCGUGCAAGGUCUAAUCCGACAUAUCACCGAGAAUAUGUCAGACGUCGUAGGGUCGGCGAGCGUGAAAUUUGCGCCUCUUCCCUUCAACGUGGCAGACAUGAAGACAUUCGAAUUCCGUGGAAUUGACGCCUUGCUUCUCUGUCAUUCUAUGGAUAUUAAGGGACCCUUUCGCUCCGGAUACGGAUUCAGCUCCAUCUAUCACAAGUUCUUGUACAAGGCAAAGAGGUGUUUGGGAAAGAAAAAAGUAGCUGUCAUUGUGCACGACUACAAAGGUCUUUCGCGGGAAGCGCUUGAAACUUAUAGCAAAACCAACAAGUCCACAUUCAAUAUGACGUCACUGGUGCUGACACUGGGGCGACUUGCUGCAGGCGGUGGCUCGACUCAAAUGACCGAUGUACAGCUGGUCGAGUUCAAGUCCUUCUUUGAAGGAGCACUGUCCUGCCGCAGAAUUGUAGGAGCAUUUUACAGGUUUUUCUAUCGCCUUAUCCGUCAGUGAACUUCGAUGAAGACUGAGUCCCAAGGAAUGUAUUUUUAAGAUGUGAAGAUGUGAAGUUCUUGAAAUAACUGGAAACGUAUCUAGGAUCCGCAAACGGACAGACAUUGUUGUUAUCUAUCUUAUACAAAGUCAUGUACAUUAUACCCAAGAAAAUGUUCCUCUUUUAUAAGGAGCUCAGUCAAUUUAAGUGAUGUUCAUCAAUAUACCAUGUCAUGAAAUUUAGGAUCUUUGUAAAUCUACAGAAUGACGUGUAAAGUAAAGUAUUCAUUAUCUCCUCAAGCUUUUAAAGUAACAUCAGCUUGUCCCCCCCCCCCCCCGAAAAAAAGGUUUUAAUUUCUCACGCUCAUUGGUCAUCCGUGGGAUGUACGGUGGUGCAAUAAUUCCGAAGCACCUGAACAAAUUUGCACCUACAGCUGAAGUGUAUAAAGUAUCAUAUUUAGGAGGCUUUUGAUGUGUAUUGUUUAUAAUAUUUCAUGUAAGAUAUCGCUUAUUAAUUGUGAGACCAGCAGUAGCAGCAAAUAUCAUUACAAAAGCACAAUUUAGUUAAAUAUGUUGACUUGCUGUAUAUAAUAUACAAAUUGUGUGUAUUUAAAAAUGCUAUUGUAUGGACAAGUCUGAAGUCUUAUCGACACUAUUAUAUUUGCAUCUUGGUGUAAAGUGAAUCUGCAUUCAAUUGGUACCUUGCACAUUGGCGGUUCAUGCGGGGUUGGGGCGCCCCAUCCCUAAUUGAAAAAUCGGAAAAGGGGAAACGAGAGAAGAAAAAAAUUACCGAACAUAAUCAUGUCGGGGAAAAUAUUAUGUAAAUAUUAAUUUCUAAAAGCUCCAUGCUGCAUUUUAAUAAAGGACUAUGUAAAUA